CGAAAAAAAGUAUGUCCUUCUUGACGCCUCUGUCGUCGCAAAAAAGAAGACGAACAUUUACAAAUAGUGCUGGAACUGAUGAUUCUCAAGGGGAUGUUUUCGCAACAACAUCAGCACAGAGCUCAAACUAUGCCUAUAUAAAUGAAAACCGGAAACAAAAAGAUCCAAUGCUGGAGAGUGCAAAAAUGUUAAGCAAUAAUAUUUCUGAGCUUAUCGAAUGCCAGAAAAAUAAAUUGAAGCAGGCAACAUUCCCACUUCAACUGCAAAAUUUCACAAUGCUGGCAAAUAUUGACCGGAUGUUGCAAAAAUUGCCUGAGGAUAUUGUAGAAGAUAUCAAUAUAAGAUUCAUAUGCAUCAUCAAUGAGGAAAUUAAGAAGUAUAAAAGGGGCAAUAGUGGCCAGUAAAAUAGAAUAUAUGUAAUGUUUAAAAAUAUUUAUAUGGCAAGUUUGCAAUUAAGUUUUGUAUCUGUUAUAAAAAAAGGAUCUAAAUGUAAUUUAAUAACUUAGAAUAAUAAAUAUGUACAUAUGUAUAAUUGAAUUGGUAAAUGUUUGAUGUAUUGAAAAUUGGUUCGUUCUGGUUUAACGGAUUUAUACUACUUUUUGUAGGGAUUUGUACGAAUUCCUAAUUUGUUAAAAAAUGUAUGAAUAUUUGUUUAAUUUUCCACAAAGAAGAAUCGGCAAAAAUCUAAGGAGUUAUAUACAUACAUACAUAUAUGCUACAAGUUACUAUAACUUGAAUUAAGCUGCCAUUGAAAGUAUAAUUGACAUAUAGCUCAUCGUUAUUGAUCUUUGUUUUGUCUGUUUUUUCUUACAAAACUUAUAUUACAUAUUUGUAAUAUACCUACGCGUGACAGAAGAAGACUUCUUUGGCAAUUUCAACCUAAAAUUUUAAACCUUGAUGAAUAGUCCCAAUGAUGAAUGACCUAAAAUUCACGCUUCAUUG